AUGGCGGCUGGAAUCCGUUCGAAAAUAGGAUUUUCAGCAAAUUCCUCUCGUCAGACAUUCCUGCAUAGGCAGAGCAUCCAGCCGCCAGGCAGGAAUUGGCUUCCUCGGCAGGGAACCCCCUCAAAGACAGAUCCUGCCGGGGUAGAGCUUCUUGCCGCCAGGCAGGAUCAGCACUUGACUGAAUUUCUGAGGAAAUGGAGUCUAAAUUUCGACAAGGACAAUGUCAUUGUGGUUUCAGCAAUCUUAUGUCCCCUUGACAAUGCAUACAGCUAUGAACAUCCAGUUGACCUUAAUAAUCAAACUGAUUAUAAUAUACACAGAACUAUAUAUACUCAGCAGAGUAUGGAUGAAGAGAAUACAUGUACACAAACUCCUCUGUUUUAUGGAGUUGAAGAAUGGAAAGAGUCUCCGAGCAUUGGUUUCCCAUUUUCUGACGACGGACUGGAUCAGAAUAUCAUACCGGAGCAACAAAUACAUGUCUCCGAUUAUGUUUGUCAGGAUCAGCAGCGCAAGUACUUAUUCUCCGAUUAUAUGAGCUACGAUGAUCUGAGAUUUUCUCUCCUAUAUCCGCCGGUUCAAUCAGGACAAAUUCAAGAAGCUGGAUCCAAGAACAAUGAAAAUCCAUAUUCAUUUUCUUUUGCAUCACUUGAGCUGCUAAAGAUUCGUAAAAACAACGGGUUGAACAAACUGAACAGAAUUAUUGAGCCUCCGAUCAGUCAAGAAUUGUCAACAGAAGAGAUUAUGAGGAUAGCAGGAGCAAAAUUCCUUCAAUUUUCUUGUCAAACAGAUCAAAUUUCCGCUUCUCUCUACGGACUUUCGGACGAGGAUUCAAGAAAAGUCGCGCUCGCGGAAACGCUUCUGGCUUCUGUUGAGAAAAUUGAGAAUAAACAAUUUGACAGUGCACGCAGACUGCUCCAACAAUGCGAUAUAUUUUCCUCUGGCGAGUCCGGAAAUCCUGUCGAACGAGUAGUUUACUAUUUUGCUGAAGCUCUCCGGGAUAGAAUUGAUAUCGAAACAGGAAAAAAAACAUUAAAUGGAAUGGGGAAGCAACAGUCGCUUGAUAUUGAUGAUAUAAUGAUGACUCCAAACGCAACAACCUUGGUAUGUCACCAAGUAAUCCCUUUCUGUCAGAUUUCCCAUUUCGCAGGAGUUCAAGCCAUUGUUGAUAAUGUAGGCGAAGCGAAGAAGAUUCAUAUAAUUGAUUUAGUGAUCAGAAACGGAGCGCAAUGGUCCGUGUUAAUGCAAGCUUUAAUUUCUAGACGUAAUUGCUCCGUCGAGCUUCUGAAGAUUACGGCUAUCGCGACCCAUUCCAAGGACGUAGUUGAAAAUACAGGUAAGAGAUUAAACAGCUUUGCGCAGACUAUGAACAUACCAUUUUUAUUCAAGAUAAUAAUGGUAUCAGAUUUUUCGGAGCUGGAUGAAAAUCUAAUAGAGAAGAAUGAUGAUGAAACAAUUGCUGUUUUUUUCCAGCAUCUACCUCGGAGUUUGAUUGCGUUUCCGAAUCGAUUGGAUUCGAUGAUGAACAUGAUAAAAAAUAUUAAUCCAUGUGUCACGGUGGUUGUUGAAAUUGAGGCGAAUCAUAAUGGACCGACGUUUGUGAAUCGUUUUAUAGAAACUUUAUUUUUCUACAGUGCAUAUUUUGAUUGUCUUGAUACAUUUAUGCAACGGGACGACGAAAACAGGAUGAUUUUGGAAUCAAUGUACUUUGGUAAAGGAAUCAAGAACAUUUUAGGUACCGAAGGAGAUGAAAGGAUGGUUCGAAACGUAAAGCUCGAUGUUUGGAGAGUGUUUUUUGCUCGUUUUGGUAUGGUAGAGACCGAUUUAAGUUGUUCAUCGUUGUUUCAAGCGAAUUUGAUAGUUGAGAGAUUUGAAUGUCGAAAUUGUUGCACACUUGAUAAAAGUGGGAAAAGUUUAAUUCUUGGGUGGAAAGGUACGCCUCUGCAUUCUCUUUCUGCCUGGAAGUUUACAUCCGAAGAAAACUAG